UCGGCCCUCAGGGGCUAACAGAUACAUGUGUUCCACCACUCAUGUGGCGUGAUUCCGGCACGCCGUGUAUGGUCAUGCAGACAAGUCAUGAAUCCGUCCGUCCAGGCAAGCAGGCAGGCAGGGCAGGCAGGCAACCGAAACACCAACGCGCACAACGGACAGGCAGGCAGAAAGGCAGCAUCCACCCACUUACAGAUAACACCACUCAACCACGGCACACGACAGCCAAGCACCUCCCCUCCCCCUUUCUCACCAAUCAACCAACCCAAACUCGUCUCUCCAUGCUACCUACACGUCAGUCCGCCAGUGGUUGUGUGUCGACACCCCCGCCUCUCUGGAUGCCGCCUCUGCCGCGCAUCAUGCCGUCCCCGCCGCCCCGGUGGUUGCCCCCAGCUGCACUGUCCGCCGUCGAACGUGUGUUUGCGGGUGAGUGUGAGGGGCGGUCGUCUCCCGACCGCUCCCAUGCGUCCUUGUCCGCCGACUGGUGCACGGUGCCGUCACGCUCCAGCGCUUUGAGCACGCUCACCAUGCGAGUCCCUGACGCACACACACACACACACACGCGGUCAGGUCAGGUCAGGUCAGGUCAGGCCUGGCCAGGCUACGUCAAUGACACACAUGCGUGGUCGAGUGCAUGUUGUGUGUGUACGUGUUGCUCGCGCUUCAUGUUACUGAACUGGAUGCCGAGUCAGCACACGUACCAUAUUGGGGCUGGCAGCCCCUCUGGUCCUUUGGCCACACUGAAGGGAGCACUGCUGCUGCUGCUGCAACGGCCGCUGCGGCAGAUGCAUGAUGGGCGGGGGGGUGAAGGGCGGGAGCUUGUGCUGCCUGUCAGCCCCGCACAUUGGCAGUGGCGGCGGUUAGGGGAGAUUGGGGAGUGCCACGCGUAGACACGCCACCUGCAGGGCCAGACAAGGACACGCAUCCAUCCAUCCAUCAGCAGGCAGUGAGCCACCACCCGACCCGUCUGUGUGUCUGCGUACCAUUAGAGAGGGCGAUGAGGUGGCAGAAGCGCCAAGGAUAGCUGGCAGAUGCUUGCAACUCAAGGCACCCACACUAAGCCCACCCAUCAGACGCACACACGCGUAGUCUGUCGCUGCGGCAGGAGCCCAGCACAAAAAC